UUUCCGGGGGCGAUGGGAGGGCUCUGGCAUCCGGGAUGGAGGCGUAUCGCUUUCUGUGGCUGGCUCUGGAGCCACCCUGUAUCUCCGACCAGGGCUGCGGAGAGAGUAGAGCCGUUUCUGAGGUCCUGGUGGAGUGGGACCGCAGGUCCGGAGAAGGGACUGAGGCGGCUUGGGACAUGGAAGCGCCCAAGCCUGGCCCGGGCGCCGGCAAUGGAGUCGUGUCGGCGGCCCAAGGGCACAAACCCUUUUUCGCGCGCGCAGGAGGACGAGUGGCGGCGGCGAAACAAGACUGUCCUCACGUAUGUGGCCGCGGCCGCCGUGGGCAUGCUGGGCGCCUCCUACGCCGCCGUGCCCCUAUAUCGGCUGUAUUGCCAGACGACAGGACUUGGAGGAUCAGCAGUAGCAGGUCAUGCAUCAGACCAAAUUGAAAACAUGGUGCCUGUUAAGGAUCGAAUUAUUAAGAUUACUUUCAAUGCAGAUGUGCAUGCAAGUCUCCAGUGGAAUUUCAGACCACAGCAAACAGAAAUAUAUGUGGUACCAGGAGAAACUGCACUGGCAUUUUAUAAAGCGAAGAAUCCUACUGACAAACCAAUAAUUGGAAUUUCUACAUAUAAUGUUGUACCAUUUGAAGCUGGGCAGUAUUUCAAUAAAAUACAGUGCUUCUGUUUUGAAGAACAAAGGCUUAAUCCCCAAGAGGAAGUAGAUAUGCCAGUGUUUUUCUACAUUGAUCCUGAAUUUGCUGAAGAUCCAAGAAUGGUGAAUGUUGAUCUCAUCACUCUUUCUUAUACUUUUUUUGAAGCAAAGGAAGGGCACAAAUUACCAGUUCCAGGCUAUAAUUGA